AUGGGCAAGCUGGAAACUGUUCCUGAACAAAUCGAUUUUUCUAAAGAAGAGGAGAAAACUCUUGAAAGGUGGCGUCGAGAGAAACUCUUCGAAAAAACUUUAGAACAAAAUAAAAAUUGCCCUCCAUUUACCUUUUACGACGGCCCUCCAUUUGCAACUGGCCUUCCGCAUUAUGGUCAUUUGUUAGCAGGCACAAUAAAAGAUGUUGUAACUCGGUGGGCACAGCAGAACGGUUUUUUUGUCGAGAGACGUUUUGGGUGGGAUACACAUGGGUUACCUGUUGAAUAUGAGGUCGAUAAAACGCUAGGGAUUAAAGGCCCACAUGAUGUUUUAGCGAUGGGCAUCGACAAGUAUAAUGCAGAAUGCCGGAAGAUUGUCAUGAGGUACUCUGCAGAAUGGGAGGUGAGCUUUUUAGCCUUUUCACAUUUCGUUAAUAUAUGUUAUUACUGCUUAAAGUUACAACAUCAUUUAGGCUACAGUGGAGUGAUGCCAUUUUCUACAAGCUGCUCUACACCUUUAUCAAAUUUUGAGGCAGGACAGAAUUAUAAAGACGUGGUGGACCCUGCAGGUGAUUUUUUGAAUUGUUUGAGGUCGGCAUGGACAACAACUCCGUGGACUUUACCCAGCAAUUUGUCUUUGGUAGUCCAUCCUGACCUUGACUAUGUUUUGAUAGAAGACAGCGCUUCGGGGAAAAAAUACAUUCUUCUCGAAGAGCGGCUUUUUGAACUUUACAAAAAGGCUGAUGGAUACAAUGUCUUGGAUCGUUUCAAAGGCAAGACGAUGGAAGGAAAGAAGUAUCAGCCACUUUUCCCGUACUUUGCCUACAUGAGGGAAGAAAGGGAUGCGUUUCGGGUAAUUACUGGUACUUUCGUGACUACCGAUCAAGGUACCGGUGUCGUUCAUCAGGCGCCCUAUUUUGGAGAGAUUGAUUAUCAAGCUUGUCUGGAAAACAACAUUAUUACCAAAGAUAUGAAACCGAUAUGUCCUGUAGAUGAAUGUGGGAAGUUUACGGCUCCAGUUGAUGAUUUCAAAGGACUUUAUGAGAAGGGUAAUUUAAUAAAACACGGUGAGGUGAAGCACAGUUACCCGUUUUGUUGGCGUUCUGACACGCCACUGCUUUAUAUGGCUGUUCCGUCCUGGUUUAUACGCGUUGAGUCAUUGGUUCCAGCUCUUCUUGAAAACAAUUCUAAAACUUACUGGGUCCCUUCCUUUGUGAAAGACAAGCGGUUCGGAAAUUGGCUGAAAGAUGCUCGUGACUGGGCUGUGUCUAGAAAUAGGUUUUGGGGUACACCGAUAAACUUGUGGGUCAGCGACGACCUGGAGGAAAUUGUAUGCCCAUCUUCAAUUGCUGAGCUGGAGAAGCUUACUGGAGUAAAGGUGACAGAUUUGCAUCGAGAAAAUGUUGAUAAUUUAACGAUUCCUUCGAAAACAGGACGAGGUGUCUUACAUAGAGUCAGUGAAGUUUUUGACUGCUGGUUCGAAUCAGGAUCUAUGCCUUAUGCGCAGAGGCAUUAUCCCUUUGAGAAUCGUAAAGGCUUUGAGGAAAAUUUCCCAGCAGAUUUUAUAGCCGAAGGCAUUGACCAAACACGUGGUUGGUUCUAUACCCUUCUUGUUCUUUCGACGGCUCUUUUCAACCGCCCUCCAUUCAAAAAUCUCAUCUGUAAUGGCCUUAUUCUUGCUUCUGAUGGCUCAAAAAUGUCAAAAAGAAAGAAGAAUUAUCCAGAUCCUGUUUAUAUUAUCGAAAAGUAUGGGGCGGAUGCUUUACGAGUUUAUUUAGUAAAUUCGCCUGCUGUCAGAGGAGAGGCUCUACGCUUUAGAGAGGAAGGUGUAAAAGAUGUAUUGAAGGAUGUAUUUCUGCCGUGGUAUAAUGCUUAUAGAUUCUUCGUACAGAACGUCCAGGCUUAUGAACAUGAAAGCAGGAAAGUUUUUGCACUGCUGGACCAAGAAUCUGACAACUUGAUGGACCAUUGGAUAGUGUCUUUCACUCAUAGCUUAGUUAGAUUUGUGAGGAAAGAAAUGACGAACUAUUGUUUGUAUGCUGUGGUCGGACCACUAACCAAAUUUUUUGACACGCUAACGAAUUGCUACAUUAGGCUGAACAGAAGGCGAAUGAAGGGUGGCGAUGGAGAAGAGGAUUCUUUGAAGUCUCUUACAACGUUAGGAAGUGUACUUUUACUCACUGUACGUUUAAUGGCUCCUUUCACUCCAUUUUUCUGUGACUUACUUUGGCAGAACCUUCGGUAUAUAGUACCUAACGGUGCCGACUCGGUUCAUUUUGAGAGGAUACCAGAACCAAGAACCGAUUUGAUUGACGAAGUUGUUGAAAGAAGGGUGUCUGCCAUGCGUUCUGUUGUGGAUUUGGUUCGUGUGUUAAGAGAAAGGAAAGGGAUCCCAGUAAAGUAUCCCCUGAAGGAAUUGGUUGUCAUAAACAGGGAUUCCGUCUUCCUUGAGGAUUUAGUUUCGCUGCAGUCUUACGUUCUCUUAGAAACUAAUGUGCGGAUGUUAACUGUUUCCCAAGAUAAAGAGAAGUAUGGUGUGAAGUUAAAGGCAGACCCGAAUUUUAAAUUGCUUGUUUUGUGGUAUGGCUUAUUAAAUGGUUUUGGUGGGUCUGUUCUUGGGACUAAAGUGACUGAAGAAGAAUUAACCACUUUGUUGGAAACUGGAAAACUCAAGGUGUUGGAUUAUGAGGUAACGUCAGAAGAGGUAGCAGUUUCGUACUGCACAAGUGGGCUAUCUGCAGCUGGAGAUCAUUUUGAAACUCAUACGGUUGUAAUGUUGGAUUUCUCUGAAGACGAAGUUUUGAAAGAAGAAGGCCUGGCAAGAGAAGUAAUAAAUCGUAUUCAAAAGCUACGGAAAACGGCAAAGCUAGUUACUACUGAUGCAGCUGUUGUCUACAUUCGUGUCACUCCUGCUGGUCACCAACUGGCUGGGGUUAUUCGGCGGUGUGAAGGCAUGAUUUCUAAUGCGACAGGUUCUCCCUUGUGUCUCAGUGAAUAUCCUUCAGGGGCUAAUAUUUUGACUUCAUCUUCAAACGUCAAGGAUGCACAGUUAGAGGUUAGUUUCAUUUUGUAUUUAUUUGGAAUGUGA